AUGAACCAGCAAGAGCACAUCAGCGAGGAGGCAGCAAAGAUCGAGAAGAUUCGAGGAGGCUCAGGUCCGGACUUGGAGAUGGGUACACCGGUGCAGGAGCUGCUCGAGGAAGACAAGGAAGCACAAAAGAAGGCACCCCAAGUGCUCAAGGACAGCAUCAAGGCUGGCGCAACCCCUCCCAAGCCUUCGCAAUCCCGCUCUUUCUCAACAUAUGCCCGCCGUAACCAGGGGCUGAGCGAGCACAACGACAACCCCUUCGACGAUGCCAUCAUCGCGAACACAAACUUUGGUACGCAACAGCUCGCUGGGCCUGCCACUCCCGUUACUGUUGCCCCCGUCGGUCACAAGUUUGGUCUUCCUGCUCUGCCGCUCCCCAGCAAUGCACACAAGGACUACCGCUACGAUCCCGUUAUUCGCCAAUUCACAAACUUGAUGAUGCUGCACGGCAAGCUCAGUGUCGCUCAGCGCAACAUGUCCAUCAUCCUGACGUAUUUGCGCACCCAGUCUCCUCCAAACUACAGUCCUACUAGACCUCUGCUACCCGGUGCUCCCCCACCAUCCCACCUUCCUUUGAACCCUGUCCUUUAUCUCACACUUGCCGUCGACAGCAUCGCCCCUCUGUUGCGCAUUCGCUCGCAACGCGGUGCCGCCGGUGGUGGUGUUGCCCUGCAGAUCCCCGUCCCGCUUGGUCUCCGUCAACGCCGUCGUACUGCCUUUGAAUGGAUUUUGGACGCUGCUUCCAAGCGCAAGUCUCGCGGCAGUGGUCGCGACAUGUUUGCUCUGCGCGUUGCCGAGGAGAUUGUCGCCAUCAUCGAGGGCCGCAGCUCGGCUUGGGAGAAGCGAACAGGUAUCCACAAGAUUGCCACUACUGCCAGAAGUAACUUGAACUUGGGCAAGCCUGGUGGUCCUAGAAGGUAG